UUAGUCUACAUUUGGACGUUGAUCUUCAUGAUGGAGUUUAAAAUUUUAUUACUAACUAUACUGAUUGGUACGACUUUGGGUGUACCAUUUUUACACAAUGGUGGAGGUGGGUUAGCAAUUGUCGCAGGUCUCAGAGGCGGUAAAAGUGUCGGAUGUGGCAAAGGUCCCGGAGUUAUCAAUGGCCUUGGAGGUAACAAUGGUCCCGGAGGUAACAAUGGCCUUGGAGGUAACAAUGGUCCCGGAGGUAACAAUGGUCUAGGAGGUAAUAAAAGACUCGGUGGUGUUGGAGCUGGUAUCGGUCUUACGGUAGCAUUAAAUCUGGGUGCAAAAGUGGCCGGCAACUGCAGACACGGUCCAUCAAAAGUCCUUCCGUCGAUCGUACCAGUACCCAAACUUAAUCCACCCAAUGGAAUUCCGUCUAUAACACCCGGUCCCGACCCUAAUCAACCCAAUGGAGACCCAUCCCCAACACCAGGAGCCAACCCUAAUCCACCCAAUGGAAUUCCAUCUGUAACACCCGGACCCGACCCCAAUCAACCCAAUGGACUUCCGUCUAUAACACCCGGACCCAACCCUAGUCAACCCAAUGGAAUUCCGUCUAUAGCACCCGGUCCCGAUCCUAAUCAACCUAAUGGAGAUCCAUCUACCACACCAGGAGCCAACCCUAAUCAACCCAAUGGAGAUCCAUCCACCACACCCGGACCCGACCCCAAUCAACCCAAUGGAAUUCCGUCUAUAGCACCCGGACCCAACCCUAAUCAACCCAAUGGAAUUCCGUCUAUAACACCCGGACCCGACCCUAAUCAACCCAACGGAAUGCCCUCUAUAGCACCUGGACCCGACCCUAAUCAACCCAAUGGAGACCCAUCUACCACACCCGGACCCGACCCUAAUCAACCCAAUGAAGAUCCAUCCACCACACCCGGAGCCGACCCUAAUCAACCCAAUGGAGACCCACCUACCACACCCGGACCCGACACUAAUCAACCCAAUGGAGAUCCAUCAACCACACCCGGAGCCGACCCUAAUCAACCCAACGGAAUUCCGUCUAUAGCGCCUGGCCCCGACCCUAAUCAACCCAAUGGAGACCCAUCUACCACACCCGGACCCGACCCUAAUCAACCCAAUGGAGAUCCAUCCACUACACCAGGAGCCAACCCUUAUCCACCCAAUGGAGAUCCAUCAACCACACCUGGACCCGACCCUAAUCAACCGAAUGGAGACCCAUCUACCACACCCGGACCCGAUCCUAAUCAACCCAAUGGACUUCCGUCUAUAGCGCCUGGCCCCGACCGUAAUCAACCCAAUGGAAUACCGUCUAUAACACCAGGACCCGAUCCUAAUCAACCCAAUGGAGAUCCGUCUACCACACCAGGAGCCAACCCUAAUCAACCGAAUGGAGACCCAUCUACCACACCCGGACCCGAUCCUAAUCAACCCAAUGGACUUCCGUCUAUAGCGCCUGGCCCCGACCCUAAUCAACCCAAUGGAAUACCGUCUAUAACACCCGGACCCGACCCUAAUCAACCCAAUGGAGAUCCAACAGCUGCUCAAGAUCCUAAUAUUGCAACGCCUGCACCGAACGUACCUGCCAGUGUUCUUCCAGUAGACCCAAUUCGAGCUGAUCCAUUGCCGUAUCCAAAAUCGCAUUGCGCUGGAAAACCAAAGAUAGGUGGCAAACACGGUCCUGAUCACGGCCUAGAAGCAGCAAUCCGUCUUGGUUUAAAAGUUGGCCUUGGGAAACAAAUUGGAGGCGGGGCCAUACCAAGCGUGCACAAGCUUUUAAAACCUAAAGUACCAUGUCAUUCGGUAGCAUAUAAAUGAAGUCGCUACAAUAAUAUUACGUAUUUUUACAUAUU